UCGGUCUCUCUGUCGGUCCGUCCGUCCGGCGGUCGGUCCGUCCGUCCGUCCGUCCGGCGGCGCGGCUCGCUGCCUGCCGGACCCAUGCCCCGAGUCUAGCGUUGCUCGCCCCGGCCAUGUCCGCCGCGCAGCUCUACACCAAGCACACUAGGGUUUGGAUUCCUGACCCUGAUGAAGUUUGGAGAUCGGCUGAAAUUAUCAAGGAUUACAAAGAGGGAGAUAAAAGCCUCCAUCUGAAACUUGAAGAUGAAACUCUCUACGAAUAUCCUAUUGACCUCCAAGGAAAUGAGCUGCCUUUCCUGCGCAAUCCAGAUAUCCUGGUGGGAGAGAAUGACCUAACGGCCCUAAGCUACCUGCACGAGCCUGCGGUCCUCCACAACCUCAAAGUCAGGUUCCUCGAGUCCAACCACAUCUACACAUACUGUGGUAUUGUACUUGUUGCCAUCAAUCCAUAUGGGCAGCUGCCAAUCUACGAACAAGAUGUCAUCUACGCGUACAGUGGCCAAAACAUGGGGGAUAUGGAUCCUCACAUCUUUGCGGUGGCAGAGGAAGCCUAUAAGCAGAUGGCCAGGGAUGAGAAGAACCAAUCCAUCAUCGUGAGUGGGGAGUCGGGUGCUGGGAAGACGGUCUCUGCCAAAUACACCAUGCGCUUCUUUGCAACCGUCGGUGGUUCUGCCAGCGAGACCAAUAUUGAAGCCAAAGUCCUCGCAUCGAGCCCCAUUAUGGAGGCAAUUGGAAAUGCUAAGACAACCAGGAAUGACAACAGCAGUCGCUUCGGGAAAUACAUUCAGAUCGGCUUUGAUAAAAGAUACCACAUCAUUGGUGCCAAUAUGAGGACAUACCUGUUGGAAAAAUCACGAGUUGUAUUCCAGGCGGAAGAUGAGCGCAACUACCACAUCUUCUAUCAGCUUUGUGCCUCCGCGAGUCUUCCAGAAUUCAAAGACCUUGGACUGACAUGUGCCGAAGACUUUUUCUACGCUUCUCAGGGAGGUGACACAUCUAUUGAUGGCAUGGAUGAUGCUGAUGACUUUGAGAAAACCAGGCAUGCCUUCACCCUGCUUGGAGUGAAGGAGUCUCAUCAGAUGACCCUUUUUAGGAUAAUUGCUGCCAUUCUGCACCUAGGAAACUUGGAAAUCCAAGCGGAACGAGAUGGCGAUGCCUGUAGCGUGUCGAGCGAGGACGAGCACUUGAACAACUUCUGCAGCUUGCUGGGAGUGGAGCAGAGCCAGAUGCAGCACUGGCUUUGCCAUCGCAAGCUCAUCACCACGGCCGAGACCUACGUGAAGAGCAUGUCCGUGCAGCAAGUGGUGAAUGCCCGGAACGCCCUGGCCAAGCACAUCUAUGCCCAGCUGUUCAACUGGAUCGUGCAGCACAUCAACAAGGCCCUGCACACCACCACCAAGCAGCACUCCUUCAUCGGCGUGCUCGAUAUCUAUGGGUUUGAAACUUUUGAAGUGAAUAGCUUUGAACAGUUUUGUAUCAACUAUGCCAACGAAAAGCUCCAGCAGCAGUUCAACUCGCACGUAUUUAAGCUGGAACAAGAAGAGUACAUGAAGGAGGGAAUCCCUUGGACUCUCAUAGACUUCUAUGAUAACCAGCCCUGCAUAGAUCUUAUAGAGGCAAAACUUGGUAUCUUGGACCUACUGGAUGAAGAGUGCAAGGUUCCCCAAGGCACCGACCAGAACUGGGCGCAGAAGCUGUACGACCGACACGCCACCAGCCAGCACUUCCAGAAGCCCCGCAUGUCCAACACGUCCUUCAUCGUCCUGCAUUUCGCAGAUAAGGUGGAGUACCAGAGCGAGGGAUUUCUGGAGAAGAACCGCGACACCGUGUACGAGGAACAGAUCAACAUACUGAAAGCCAGCAAGUAUCAAAUGGUAGCAGACUUAUUCCAAGAUGAGAAGGAUGCUGCACCCACCACUUCCGUGGGAAAGGGAACGUCCAAAAUCAACGUUCGUUCUGCCAGACCAGUGAUCAAAGCUGCCAAUAAGGAGCACAAGAAAACAGUGGGACACCAGUUCCGCAACUCGCUGCAUUUGCUUAUGGAGACUCUGAACGCCACCACCCCGCACUACGUGCGUUGCAUCAAGCCGAAUGACGAGAAGCUCCCCUUUAAAUUUGAUCCGAAGAGAGCGGUGCAGCAGCUGAGAGCUUGUGGAGUGCUGGAGACCAUCCGUAUCAGUGCAGCUGGCUUCCCAUCCAGAUGGUCCUACCACGACUUUUUCAAUAGGUAUCGUGUGCUUAUGAAAAAGAGAGACCUCUCUAAGACAGACAAGAAGCAGAUCUGUCAGAUCCUGUUGGAAGACCUCAUUAAGGAUCCAGACAAGUUCCAGUUUGGACGUACCAAGAUCUUUUUCCGUGCAGGCCAGGUGGCAUAUCUGGAGAAACUACGAGCAGAUAAGUUCAGAGCUGCCACAAUCAUGAUUCAGAAGACGGUGAGGGGCUGGCUGCAGAGGGUCAAAUACAAAAGACUGAGGCAAGCUGCAAUUGUCAUCCAGCGCUACGUGCGUGGGCACCUGGCACGGAGACUUGCCGAGCACCUGAGGAGGACAAGAGCUGCCAUCAUCUUCCAGAAGCAGUACCGAAUGCUGCGAAUCCUCCGAGCUUUCCAGAGGGUCCGCAACGCAACCAUCACCAUUCAGGCUUUUGCUCGGGGCAUGUUUGUCAGGAGGAUUUAUCGCAAGAUCCUUGCGGAACACAAAACCACCAUCCUCCAGAAGUAUGUCCGUGGCUGGCUGGCCCGCACUCGCUUCCGCCGGGUCAGGGGUGCCACCAUCGUCCUGCAGUGCUACUACCGGCGCAUGAAGGCCAGGCAGGAGCUGAAGGCACUGAAGAUUGAAGCGCGCUCUGCGCAGCACCUGAAGAAGCUCAACAUUGGCAUGGAGAACAAGGUGGUCCAGCUUCAAAGGAAGAUCGAUGAGCAGAACAAAGAAUACAAACUUCUGAAUGAGCAGCUCUCUACACUCACAUCUGCCCACUCCUCCGAGGUGGAAAAGCUGAAGAAGGAACUGGUGCAAUAUCAGCAGAGCCACCAGGGUGAUGGCAACCAGCUUGUCAGCCUGCAAGAAGAGAUGGAGCACCUGCGGCUGGAGCUUGAAAAAGCUCAUGGUGAGAGGAAGGUUGUGGAAGACAGCUAUGAUAAGGAGAAAGACCUACUGAGAAAGCGCAUAUCCGACUUGGAAGAAGAAAAUGCUCUCCUGAAGCAGGAAAAAGAGGAGCUUAACAGCAGGAUCCUGUGUCAGUCUGAAGAUGAAUUUGCACGAAACACAGUUGAGGAAAAUAUCCAGAUGAAGAAAGAGCUGGAAGAAGAGAGAUCUCGUUAUCAGAACCUGGUAAAAGAGUAUUCGAGGCUGGAGCAGAGAUAUGACAAUUUACGGGAUGAAAUGACCAUUAUAAAGCAAGCACCAGGGCACAGGAGAAACCCAUCCAACCAGAGCAGUUUGGAGUCCGAUUCCAACUAUCCAUCCGUAUCAACCUCUGAGAUAGGAGACACCGAGGAUGUAAUACAACAAGUGGAGGAGGCUGGGAUGGAGAAAGCCGCCAUGGACAUGACCCUCUUCCUAAAGCUACAGAAGCGAGUGAGGGAACUCGAGCAGGAGAGGAAGAAGCUGCAAAUCCAGCUGGAGAAAAAGGAGCAAGAGAGCAAGAAAUCCCAGGUAACUGAAAUGAAGACUGAAGUGGCUUCGGACCAUGAAGACUUUGCAUACAACAGUCUGAAGAGGCAAGAGCUGGAGUCGGAGAAUAAGAAGCUGAAAAAUGAACUUAAUGAACUGAGGAAGGCUAUUGCAGACCGAGCAACCCAGACCAACUCGCCCGAUGAUAUUCAGGACAGUUAUAACCUCUUACUGAAUCAGCUGAAAUCCGCCAGCGAGGAGUUGGAAGUGCGGAAGGAAGAGGUACUUAUCCUGAGGACGCAGAUUAUGAAGGCAGCCCAGCAAAAAGAGUCAGGAAAAAACAUGGAAAGCAUCACCACCAAUGCCAGCUGGCCGAACAGUGACAAACACAUUGAUCAGGAGGACGCAAUUGAAGCCUACCAGGGGAUGUGCGAGACCAACCGGCUACUGGAAGCACAGCUCCAGGAUCAGAGAAGAGAGCACGAGGAGGAGGUAGAAGCUCUGAAAAACCAGGUGGAUGCAAUGAAAGAAGAGAUGGAGAGACAGCAACAGGCUUUCCUGCAGACCUUGCAGCUGUCUCCAGAGGUCCAGGUGGAGUUUGGACUUCAGCAAGAAAUUACACGCCUCACCAAUGAAAAUCUGGAUCUUAAAGAAUUGCUGGAGAAGUUGGAAAAGAAUGAAAAGAAGCUGAAGAAGCAGCUGAAGAUUUACAUGAAGAGGGUCCAAGAUUUUGAAGCAUCCCAAACUACAGUGCCGGCUGAGAGGACGUGGCAGAAGCGUACCAUGCAAGUUGCUGUCCAGAGGAAGGAGAAAGAUUUUCAGGGCAUGUUGGAAUAUUAUAAAGAAGAUGAGCCACUCCUCAUCCGAAACCUCAUUACAGAUCUCAAGCCUCAGGCAGUGUCUGCUACUGUUCCCUGCCUGCCUGCCUACAUCCUCUACAUGUGCAUCAGGCACGCGGAUUACGUCAACGAUGACCAGAAAGUGCACUCCUUGCUCACCUCCACCAUCAAUGGCAUUAAGAAAGUGCUGAAGAAACACAACGAUGAUUUUCAGAUGACGUCAUUUUGGCUGGCGAACACGUGUCGCUUCCUGCACUGUUUAAAGCAGUACAGCGGAGAUGCGGGUUUCAUGACGCAAAACACGCCUAAGCAGAACGAGCACUGUCUGAAGAACUUUGACCUGACCGAGUACCGCCAAGUGCUGAGCCACCUCUCCAUCCAGAUCUACCAGCAGCUCAUUAAGAUAGCAGAAGGCAUACUCCAACCCAUGAUUGUGUCUGCGGUGUUGGAAAAUGAGAGUAUCCAAGGACUUUCCGGUGUCAAACCGAUGGGCUACAGGAAUCGUUCCUCCAGCAUGGCAGAUGGUGACAGCUCCUACAGCUUAGACGCACUCAUUCGCCAGCUGAACACCUUCCACAGCAUCAUGUGUGACCAGGGCCUGGACCCAGAGAUCGUGCAGCAGGUCUUCAAGCAGCUCUUCUACAUGAUCAACGCGGUUGCCCUCAACAACCUCCUGCUGAGGAAGGACGUCUGCUCGUGGAGCACGGGCAUGCAGCUGAGGUUUAACAUAAACCAGCUGGAGGAAUGGCUGCGUGGGAAGAACCUGCAGCAGAGUGGAGCCGCACAAACGUUGGAGCCCUUGAUUCAAGCGGCACAGCUUCUGCAGCUGAAAAAGAAAACCUCGGAAGAUGCCGAGGCUAUCUGCUCCUUGUGCACGUCACUCACAAAGCAGCAGAUUGUAAAGAUACUUAAUCUCUACACUCCUAUGAAUGAGUUUGAAGAACGCGUGACAGUAGCUUUCAUACGAGACAUACAGGCACACUUGCAAGAGCGAAAUGACCCUCCGCAGCUGCUGUUAGACUUCAAGCACAUGUUCCCAGUUUUUUUCCCAUUCAACCCAUCCUCCAUAACCAUGGACACCAUUCAUCUCCCUGCUUCUCUCAACUUGGAAUUUCUCAAUAAAGUCUGAAGAAAGUAUAAUUAAGCCCAGCUCUCCUACCCAGAGACCCCCAGCAAAAAGAAAGAAAAAUCAUGAAAGGAAUUUAAGGAGCUCUUUAAAUGUGGACCAAGCAGAAUUAGGGAAGAACCAAUACGUGGUGAUAAAUAGAUGCUAAACUGAACGGUAAAAAAGAGACUGAUCUGUAUGUGAUUUGGGUUUUUUCUGGUAAUUUGCAGAUCAGAAAUAAGGAUAUUUGAAAUGUAGAUUUAUUUCUUACUGUUUGAUUUUAUGUUGAUGUAGUUCAAAGCCCAUAAUCAUCUGCAAAAGCCACUAACAAAAAAGAAUGGUGAAUGGGAGGCAACUUACUUUGAUCUUCAUAGGUGUCUAUGAAGAAAUGACAGAUAAAUCAAAAACAAAAUCUGAGACACUUAUGCUGCCUUGAAGGACAUGUAAUUGUCUGAUAGCUAGGUGAUUUUGCAUGUAUUAAUAACAGGACAUGCAGUUCUGCCUCUUGUUCUUACUAGUGACAGUAUGAUGAUAGCGAGUUGAGAAAGCAAACUGCAGGAGAUGCAAGUACGCAUUUAUCACACCAGUCAAAGUUAACGGGCUUGGAUGCUGCUUGUUUCCACUGAUGUGAAAUCUGUCACAAAUUCUGUGUUUGAGAAAUGCUGUUGCUCCUCCAAACUACUUCCAGUGCAUCUGCUUCAUGGGAAUUCAAAUAAAUAGGCAGCUUGGACUUUCUUCUGUUACCAAAUUUACAUUAGUGACUUAUAAAGGUUUUGUCCCAGUGAAAUAAUCUUGAGACAAGGGACUGCCUUGGGCCUCCCGCUUCUGGUAUAGACAAGCAUCAUCCUGAUCCCUGCUGUUGGCUUUCUCUGUGCUUUUAAAAGUUGAAAACUUUUGUGCAGUGGCUACUGAGGUUCUUAGAUGUCUUACGUGGCCUGUAUCAGAAUCUUAUACGUAGGUGAGACAUGCGUUUUAUCAUCGGGUCCCCAGUCCUACCUAUGUGCAGUGGGCUAGUCCUGGCCAUAGGAGUCCAUGGAAAAAUUCUAUUCCGUUCAAUUGCCAUCCAAAAUCAAUAGCCAUCCGGUCAUGCAAAUACAAGGCUUAGACAAAUGAAGAAUAGUUUAAAAAAAAAAAAAUUAAAACAAAAGGAAAUGGAUAAGAAAUGAAAUAUUUCAACACAGAAAAAUUGUAAGAUAGUGUGUUAGUAAUGUAAGCUGUUUCUUUAAGAGUGAACAUGAACUCUUUGUCUACAACAACCUUAAAUAAUUGCAAUCAAUUCAAAUUCUAUUAGGAUUUAUUAGGAUUUUUUUUACCUUACUUAUAAAUUAAACCAACCCAACCCUCUGACCUCACCAGGUAGAUGCUGAAAGGGGCCAGCUACUCACAGAAGCAGUCACUGAUUUUUCUCAGUACUUACCACAACACAUUGAAUUCUCAGUUACUGCAGAGCCACUCUCCCUGCUGAGAAGGGGAAAAGGUGCGUUCCCAUGGCCGAGUGAUGCUGUACGACGAUCCCAGUGGUGGUCGGUCUACAAACUGCUCAGUGGUGAUGCUCGGGCCAUGGCUCAGUGUGCCAAAAUGCAGUGAGAAUGUUUGGCAGCAGCAAAAUCCCCGCACCUCUUAGCACCGCGAGCAUUUUGUCCUUUCCACUUCCGUAACGGUCUUGGCUAAGUAGCCCAAAACUCUCCUUUUGUGGUUGUGGUUGCUUAAGUCUCAGCAAUUCCACAAUGAUUAAGAGCUUUCAAAAAAAUAAACAAACCACAAACAAAAUCCAAACCCUCUCUGCAUCUGACUGCUUUUAGUUGGCAUAAAUCACAUCUAAACAGCAAAUUUCUGAUCAGGUACCCGGUCUGCUCAGAGGUUUAAAAUAGAAUGUGAAGUCUAUUAAAGAUACACUAAAUCCCGCCAUGCUACAGUCACCUUUUUAGACAAAGAGCAUGUUUUGAUUUAAACAUCAUGUAUAUAAUCUAUGUAUGUACAAACAGUAAUAGUCCUGUAUGUACCAUAUAUGUAUAUUACUAUCCAAAAGCACAUUUUUAAAGGAAAAAGUUGAGUGCUGUGAAGAAUUACAUUGGUCUAUGCUGGUGGGCAAAUACCUUGUUUCAAAUGGACUGUGGUUUUGUAUGGCUAUUGCCAGCAAAGGACAGACCUAAGGCCGUUCCCUAGGGAGAAGUUAUCUUUUCUUCUAACCAUCACCCAACUAAUUACAGAAGAAAAUUAAUUGCUUGUAUAGUACCAGCACUACCUCCAAGCUACAGUCCUUGAGCAUUUGCAUCUACUGUGUAUAUUCAGUAGUGCCUUCAUCUCCCCUUCAUAUAUACAGUAAGGAUAAUACCACCGUUUUGCUGUCUGUGCCCAGCAAGCCCACGCUCUUCUGUCACUUGCUCAUCUACAAUAUUUUUAUUUAUCGUACCUACCUCUUUUCACGUUUUGCAAAUGAAUGUUUUUGCAGUGCUCUGAAUUUAAUUUUUUAACUAUCUCUUUUUUCCAUACUAUAGUAGUCAUCACAGUAUAAAGAUAAAAAAAAAAAAUCAAAGAAUUCAGUCUUUCUCUAAGGCAGUUUUAACGUAGAGCUAUUUCUCAGAAUUCAUCUUAGGCCAGCAGUUUCCUCUCAGGCUCUUCAGGUCUCUACCUCUCUCUGAUGUAAAUUAUUCAGAGUACAAUUCCCAACUGAUUAAACCAAUGCUUAUCGUUCGGACUAAAUGCCAGGUUGCUGCAGAAUCCUGUUCUGCAACGAUUUUGUUGCUAAUCACAAUUAUAAAAUGUGGUUACUGGUCUUCUAGGGUAUAAUGGUCUUUCACUGGUAUUUUCAGGAUCAUAACUGAUAUGUACAACAAAGAGACUUUCUUAAAAACUCUUGAUAUGUAUAGACAGGAACUGGGAUUUAAUGUCUUGAUCUAUGAUAAUGUGGUUUAUUCAUCAACAUCUAUCUGUAAGAGGACUCUGUAUGAAGUACCUUUAAUAUAUGUUAUCUUUUCUGUUGGAGAUUUUUUAGAUCUGCUUUUAACUGUUAAUUUUGUUAAAUUGCUAUGCUUAAGCAUGCCUGCCUUUCCUCAGAUUGCCACUUCUUUCUUUAUAGAGCAAAUUCAACACAAAGCAUGGCUUUGAGAAAGCUGGCUGUUCUUCAGUUGUCUUUAUUGUAAAAUAUUGAUUAUUAAGUUGAGGAUUUUCCCACUGUGUGCCUUUAGCUGUUACUAAAGUAACUGACUUCUCAACUGCUGUUUCUCCGAAACAAGUGUUAAAAUGUGGGGAUAUUUUUAUUGUUCUGUCAUAAAAAGUUGUCUGUGAAUUUAUAAGUCUCCUUAGAAAAAUCUCACUCUGACAGGGUCUGUAAAAUCACUUUGAAGUUCCUAGGAAAAAAACAAUACUGACCCAUGUUGAUUUUUGCAUGUAUAAUGUAUCUUAGAAAAGCAGUAUUGGGAUGUAAAAAUAAACCAAAAACCAAAAAUGAAACUCCAAAACCACAAAUCACACAAACCACCACCACUAUGAAACCCACACUUCAAAGGCUAGUUCAGGCACAUGCUGUCUGGCCUACGAGAAGCAUCCAGGACAACGUACAUGUUUCACUUUCACCAAAAACUUGCUUUGAUAGACUUUUUUUCCUCUUUUUUUUUUUAAUUGGCAUUUUGUACCUGAGGUUGCUUAUCUUUCAGCUAGUAAAGUUGUUGCAGUAGUCGACUGUAGAAAAGAAUGUUAGAACUCAAGACUGAUUUUAUGCAUCAUAAACAUUUUUUUGCUCAUACAACUUACUUCACUGUAUCUGAAAGGACUUCUUUGUAUGAGUGAAAAGGUAACAAAAAACGUGGGCAUGCUUCAGAAUUUAAGCAUGGUGACUACCUUUCCUGAUACUGCAACUUAAACGCUGAAAUCACAACUCUACCUAAAGUCUUUGAAAUAUGUGACCUCUCCAUUUGUGUGAUUUGAAAAAGAUACAAGUGAAAAAGAUGCACUUAAAACAAGAAGUCAUUUUCCUCUGUUUUCAAUAGUAAAUGAACAAAACUGCAAACUUAUUCUUUCAGUCCAUAUUUAACUGAAAAAUUAACAUUUUUGCCAUUACAUAUAAAGGUAACCUAAUUAAAAUGAAUUGCAUGAACUACCACGAACCUUUUUCCUCCAACUUUAUUGAUUCACAUAUAUAUUACAGUCAUAAAUUGAUUUUUUUUUCCCCUGAAAGAAGUUCUAGCAAG